GCACCUGAGGUGCCGUCGUUGCGCGAGAAGGGCCUCACCAUGCAAGCCGAUGUGGAGGCACUGGGCACCAUGCUGCAUAAACAGUGCUUGGGCGAGCAGGCUCCUGUCAUGGCAAAGGUGCGGGCGGCCAGCAUGGGCCAACUGUUCGCGGCGGCGUCGAAGGAUGCCGAGCCCCUCGGCAUCGACAAGGUCGUCACCCAGGCCAAGGAGGAGGAGCUGCGGGCUUCACUGGAGGCGCUCUAUCCAGGUGACCUGGCGAAGUACGUGCCGAAGAACCUCGAAG